UCACUCAAGUGCUGCUGGAGGGAAUACAGGCUUCUCCUUCUUUUUUUUUUUUGUAGCUGUAUAACUUUUACAACCCUUUACAAUCACCGUGUUUAACAGUGUGCUUCUUUAUCUCGGCCGUCACUGUGGUUUCUCGUCACUCAGGACCAGGCAGCUCCACGGAAAAGAAAGAAAACUCUCUUGUCUGGUUGUGGAUGGAAAGUCACAGACAGUAAAAAAAAAAAAAAAACUUGAAGAUGGAAAAAGGAUACCCAGCAAACGAAGCAGCUCCACCGUACCCCGGCCCGCCCAUGCAUUAUGCAGGUGGACCCCCUCCUCCGAUGGGACCUCCGCAGCCCUACAAUCCUGGAGCACCUCCUCCUGGGAUGUACCCUCCACCCGGCUUUAACCCCGGACCAGUUCCUGGGUACCAAGGAGGCGUUCCUCCAGCCCAGGGUGCACCUAUCACAGUGACUCACAUGGUCAUAACGCCGACUCUAGGGGAGGUCCCUGGAAACACGGUGUGCCCCCACUGCCGUCAAAAUGUGACCACGGUCACAGAGCACACGCCGGGCCUGUUGACGUGGGCUAUCUGCGGAGGCCUCACCUUCUUCGGAUGUUUUCUGUGCUGCUGUAUCCCGUUCUGCGUCGACGCCUGUAAAGACGUGGAGCAUCGCUGUCCGAACUGCCACAAUCUCGUCUACGUGUACAAGCGAAUGUGAAAAUGUCCCCGAAACAUUUAUCUCUAUAGCCACAACUAUAUUCUUGUGAUACCAAACACAUAUAAAUAUGUACAUUUUACAAUCCUCUUUAAUAUGAAAGCAUGUAAAAAAAAAAAAAUACACUGUGCAUGACUUCACACCAACACGUUUUACUGAAUACGGGACACGAAACAAGCAACGUAGAUAUUUCUUUUUUUCUGACGCUCGUGUCGUCCGUCGUUUUCUAACAUGAACCACGUUUCCUCCAUAGCUUCUUCACUCUGCUUCACUGUUUCUAUUGUCUAUUGAUUUUUAUUUUGUUUUUUUGUAAUGAAAUAAUUUCUUUAAUUAAAGUUAAUAAAACGAGUCUUAAGCAACAGAAAAUA